AUGAGUUAUUCAACCGCAGGUAAAGCCGCGCUGAUUGAGCAGUUAAGCUCAGUGUUUGUCGCCCGUGGCUAUGAUGGCGCAACGCUGAACCACCUGGCUGAGGCAACCGGCCUGAGCAAAGCCUCUCUUUAUCAUCACUUUCCAGGCGGCAAGCCCGAAAUGUCCGCAGUACUGGUCCGCCACGCCAUAGCGGACCUGCAACGACAGGCGUUCAGUCAAUUACACGGCUCUAACGCGCCGGCCGAGCGGCUGGAAGAUUUCAUCAAAGGCUUUUCAAGCUACACUCGAAACGGCAGCACCGACUGUCUGUUAGCCGUAUUCAGCCACCACCGCACAGCAUCCGCAGAUGAUGAACAGCAGAUCCAGAACAUCGCGACGCAGUUUGCCGACUGGCACAAUGCGCUGACUGCGGUUUUUGAAGAAGCGGGCUGCAAGCCCAAGCGCGCAGCGCAGGUCGCCAUGCGCCAAUUUCCUUCCGCCCGGCUGCGCCGCAAUCGCACAGAUGACUUUAUCCGUCGCCUGGUGCGUGAAAACGAACUGACCUGCAAUGAUCUGAUCUAUCCAAUGUUCAUUAUCGAAGGCACCCAGCAGCGCACAGAUGUCGCGUCCAUGCCGGGAAUCGAGCGUUUGAGUGUGGAUCUGAUUGCGGCAGAAGCGGAAAAAGUCGCCGAACUUGGCAUUCCAGCCAUCGCUCUGUUCCCGAACGUGGACCCAAGCCGUCGCUCACUUGACGGCGCAGAAGCUUACAAUCCUGAAGGCCUGGUACCCAGCGCCGUGAGAGCGAUUAAAGCCGCGGUACCUGAACUGGGUGUGAUCACCGAUGCCGCGCUGGAUCCUUAUACCACCCAUGGCCAGGACGGUAUUGUUGAUGCCGAUAACUACGUUGCCAACGACAUCACCGUUGCUGCAUUGUGCAAACAAGCCAUGGUGUGCAGUGAAGCAGGCGCCGACAUUAUCGCCCCGUCAGACAUGAUGGACGGCCGCGUCGGCGCUAUCCGCAGCGCGCUGGAUAACAUUGAGCACAUCAACACCAAAAUCAUGGCUUACUCCGCGAAAUAUGCUUCCGCAUAUUACGGCCCGUUUCGCGACGCCGUGGGUUCAAGCAGCAAUCUGGGCAGCGGUUCCAAACAAACCUAUCAGAUGGAUCCUGCCAAUGGUGAUGAGGCGCUGCAGGAAAUCGCGCUGGAUAUUGAAGAAGGCGCCGACAUGGUGAUGGUUAAACCAGGUAUGCCUUACCUUGAUGUUGUUCGCCGGGUGAAAGACACUUUCGCCGUGCCAACCUUUGCUUAUCAGGUGAGCGGUGAAUACGCGAUGCAUAUGGCAGCAAUCAAUAAUGGCUGGCUGACGCCUGCCGUUAUUACGGAGUCUCUGGUCUGUUUUAAACGGGCAGGUGCUGAUGGGGUAUUAACCUAUUUCGCGAAACAGGUCGCCCAGGCACUGAAGGACUAG